AUGGUGAAGAGUUUUGGAAUGAAGCAAUGCCAGGUUGAUCACUCAGUGUUCAGCUAUGACUCAGAAGCUGGGAAGAUUUUAUUAGUGGUCUAUGUGGAUGAUAUUGUCAUUAUCGGUAGUGAUAAAUUAGGAAUUGACAAACUAAAGAACCCUCGUAUACCUCACUGGGAUGCAGUUCUUAGAAUUGUGAGGUAUCUGAAAGGAGUUCCAGGCCGUGGGCUAUUGUAUAAAUCAGGAGGAAAAUUUGAAGUAAUUGGGUAUACAGAUGCAGACUGGGCAGACUCAGUGAAUGACAGAAGAUCUACUAYAGGCUAUUGCACAUUUCUUGGAGGAAAUCUUGUGACAUGA